AUGAAGACGAGGACGACGUCGGAUACGACGAAAAUGCUCGUUUCCGGCGGCGUCGCCGGCGCGUUUAGUAAAUCGUGCACGGCACCUCUCGCUCGGUUAACCAUUUUAAGACAGUUGCAAGGCACGAACGCGGUGCCGGGGUGGUCGAACAGCGUCGUCGCCAAGCAAGAUUUAGGAAUCGUGAAGAGUCUCAGGCACAUCGUGAACACGGAAGGCGUUCGGGCGUUGUGGAAAGGGAACGGAGUGACGAUUGCGCACAGAUUACCGUAUUCCGCGAUUAAUUUUUACACGUACGAAAACACGCUCGACUUUAUCGAAAACGAAGUCGAGGGGAGGUGGAACGUGAAAGAGUAUCAGGCGUGGGAGGUGACGAAAAGGUUGGCGGCCGGGGCGUUUGCCGGGUGUUUUUCGUGCACGAUGACGUAUCCUUUAGAUUUGGUGAGGACGAGGUUAGCCGCGCAAGUGACGCCGACGAUGGCGGAGACGAGCGCGAGCGGAGGAGGUGUCGCGUCGACGACAACAAUAAACGGUGGGCAACAACAUCCACACUAUAAAGGGAUUUUAAGGAGCAUGAGAACGAUUGUCAGCGAAGAAGGCGCGAGAGGUUUGUAUCGCGGCUUACCGCCGACAUUAGUCGGCGUCGGGCCGAACUUGGCGAUAAACUUUGCCGCGUACGAAACUUUGCGGAACUAUUUCGGCAACAACACCGGCGAGUUUGGAAAAGAGAAUCCGAUGUUUAUCAGUUUAGCGUGCGGGUCAGCCUCGGCGGUCGUUUCGGCGUCGGCGACGUUCCCUUUAGAUUUAGUGCGUAGACGCAUGCAAAUGCGCGAUGCGACGAGAGGAGAUACUUUCUUAGCCGUCUUCAAAAGAGUCAUCCGGAAAGAAGGUUUUGUCGGUUUGUAUCGCGGCAUCUACCCGGAGUUUGCGAAAGUAGUACCGGGCGUUUCGAUCACGUACGCGACGUACGAGUUAUUGAAACGAUUAGCAGGAGUGGACACGGGUAGAAUGUAA